GACGUUUCUUCCACUCAUGAAAACAUUUCCCCAACCUUCACUUUUCAAGUCAAUCAAACUUCGCACAAUGGCCUCACGGGCGCCGUCCUUCGCUUUCAAAGUCCUGCGCCAGCUGCCAAAGCAACCGCAGCGCUCCUCGCCAUUCCUGCGCGCUCCCUUUAUUCGUCCUGCCACUACAAACCUCCACUCUUUCCGCGCAGCGCAUAACAUUCCACGACCACCUACCCAAACAUAUGCCAAACCGAACCCUGAGCAGGCGCAAACUGGCGAGACGCCCAAAAGCGAAGGAGAAAGGCCCGAGAUCAAGGCGUCGCACUACCAAUUAUCAUUUACGUGCAUUCCAUGCGGCCAUCGCUCUCACCACAAUGUCUCUAAGCAGGGCUACCAUCAUGGCUCUACACUCAUCACAUGUCCCGAGUGCAGGAACAGACACGUCAUCAGCGACCACUUGAACAUCUUUGGUGAUAGGAAAGUCACUGUCGAAGAUCUUAUGAGGGAAAAGGGUCGUCUUGUGAAGAGGGGAAGUUUAGGCGAAGACGGCGAUAUUGAGUUUUGGCCAGAGGAAUCUCUCCCCGCAGACAUUCAAGCUGGUAAAAGCGAGAGCUCAUGAUGGUAUGUGGCUACAGGGAUGUAACAAUAGAGUACAAAAUGCGAGGUUCGUACAAUGCCCAGGUUGGGUAAAAGCAUUGGGUGGCGUUGAGGAUACCCUCCACUGAGGGCCCGGGACUGAAGAUAUACUAUACCAUACCUGGAAUUAAAUCAAGCUUAUUCUCCUCUACCUUGGGCUUUGCGUAUUCUUGAAUAAUGAUACUAUACUCUUGAACAUCAG